AUGCGGGACUCUAACCUCUACUACCCCUACCAUUCACUUACCUCGAACCUUUAUCUACACCUCAAUCACCUCAACACGACCCUCAUGACCUUGAUUAUUUAUAAUUCUAGAAUCGCAUUUUAUCAUUAUUACUUCCUGCUCACGAUUGCCACCUCUGUCUCAGUCAUAGCUUUCCCCUUACUGUGCAUUUGUAUUACUAUGGGACGAUACAGCCAUCCUAUACCUAACCGUGCCACUACUUCAUUCAUGACCCAUCCUUAUAUUUCUGGGUUAGACAUAUUCUGA